AAUAUUGAAUAAUUACUAACGGAGAGAAUAUAUAUUUGAGAUAUGCCACAUCAAAAGUGAAGAGUGAACAAUUUUGAUAAUUUAAAAUUUCACUUAAAUUUAUGGCUCACCAACUGUGUGGUUUUUUCUUCUUAAAUUUCAUCCAAAAAAGUAAACACACUUUGGCCGUACUGAUAGCAAUGUCCAAGUGAAGUUCCCACCAAUAACCCAGUUGACUGUAAUAGACUUUGUAUUCAUCUGAUAGCAAAGAUAACAAUGACGUUCCCAAGCUCAAAUCCCGAGAUCCACUUAUCAACGGUUAAUGUAGCAAACUUUGUAUCCAUCAAGUUAUGCGGUAAAUCUAACUACAUUCCAUGGAAAACUCAGAUUGUUUGUCUUCUUCAGAGUCAUGAUUUAUUUGGAUUUGUUGAUGGAACAAUCCGAUUUCCUCUACUGACCAUUGCUCCUGGCGAUGGCGAUGGCGAUGACGAUGAGCCCGAAGAAGAAGAAGAAAUGGGAAUUGAUGAAGAUUACUUGCAAAGGAAAAGGAGUGAUGGGUUUGUUAAAGGAUGGAUCUUCGGUUCUCUUAGUGAUGAACUUCUUCAGGAUAAAGCGGUUCAUAAAUUAGAUUCUGCUAGAGAGAUUUGGUUGGUUUUGGAGGAACUUUACAGCCCUACAUCUCAAGUUGAUAGCAGCAUCAAGCGUGCUGAAGGCAUUGAAUCAAAGAAAGAUUUUAGCUAUUACUUGCAACUAUAUAGAGCUUCACUAAGUGGAGAUUGGAAGGAAGCAGAAAAAUUCUUGACAAGAGAUACAGAAGCAAGUAGAGCUCAGAUCAACUCUCUUUUACAGACAACACUUCAUGUAGCAGUUGGGAUAAAGGGUAAAAAAGGUAAGCAUUUUGUGGAAAAGUUGGUGGCGACUAUAGAAAAUGAUGAAGAUAUAGCCAUACAAGAUAGCCUUGGUGAUACUCCUCUUCACUAUGCUGCUAGAUUUGGCAACUUAGAUGCAGCUAAAAUCCUUCUAUCGAGGAAUUCUCGUUUACCAUAUAUUCAUUGUUUACGUGGUCUAUAUCCAAUCCAUUAUGCAGCUGAAUACGGAUACAUUUCUGUGGAUGUGUUUGCUUAUUUCUUGAGUAUCACUGAAGAAUCUAUUCCCUAUGCUGACCUCAGUGGUGUUAGACUUCUCAACAGAUUAAUCCACUCAGACUUGUAUGAUUUUGCGAGACAGUUGGUCGAAGACUAUCUUGAUUUGGCAAAAUAUGAUUUAGACGGAAAAUCUGCUUUGAAGGAGCUUGCCAUGAAGGAAUUUACUUUCCUUAGCGGAAGUCAUCUAAACUUUUGGCAACAAUUACUCUACUAUUGUGUUCCUGUCAAGUUGACUUCACGGAGUCGCCAAAGAAAACCAAAUGCCAAUGAUUUGGAGAAUGUUGUUAAUAACUCACAAAUGGUUAAGACAAAGUCUGUCAGAAUUUACAUCAGGAAUGUGAUCAAGACGUUGCAUUCCCUUCUUUUUAAUUUUGUUGAAAUUUUAGUGCCUCCUUUGAAGAACAUCCGAAAGAAAAAGUCAAUUCAUCACUAUGCAGUUAUGUAUGCAGAAUGCUUAUGCAAGAAAAUAGAACGUCUGAAUGACAAAGAAGUUGAUUCCAUUGUUAGCCGUCCUCUUCUUGACGCAGCAUGUUAUGACACUUAUGAGCUUGUUGAAAUUAUUGUCAGAAGGUUUCCUUCUUUAGCUUAUUGUUAUGAUCGAGAUUCUAAGAAUAUAUUGCACAUUGCAAUAGAGUAUCGCUGCGAAAAUGUGUUUAAUUUGGUCCGUCGGAUGAGCCAGUUCCGGCACCAAUUAAUGAUUUCCACAGACUCCUCUAACAAUAAUGUGUUGCAUUUGGCUGGAAUGUUGGCACCACGAAAUAAGCUAAACCUUGUCUCUGGACCAGCUCUUCAGAUGCAGCGAGAACUACAAUGGUUUAAGGAAGUAAAGAAGAUUGUACCGCCUUUGUACUGGGAAUUCUUAAAUGGUGAGGGGGAUGCUCCGUAUGCGGUAUUUACUGAUAAACAUGAGAAGUUGAAGGUAGAUGGAGAAAAAUGGAUGAAAGAUACAUCAAGCUCAUGCACAACUGCAGCAGCACUAAUUGCUACUAUCGCAUUUGCUGCCGCAAUCACAGUACCAGGAGGCAAUGAACAACAAAGUGGACUCCCCAUUUUCUCUUGGAACAUAGCUUUCAUUAUUUUUGCAAUCUCGAAUGCAGCUUCAUUGUUCACUUCAAGCACCUCUCUAUUAGUGUUUUUGUCAAUUUUGACAUCUCGUUAUGCAGAAGAAGAUUUCUUGCAUACCUUGCCAAGGAGUCUUAUCCUAGGACUGCUAACUCUGUUUCUUUCUAUAACAUCCAUGAUGAUAAGCUUUAGUUCAACGGUGUAUCUCGUGUUUGGGCAGAAGAAAUCAUGGGUUCUUUUACCAGUCGCAACAAUGGCUUGCCUACCGAUUACUUCAUUUGUGCUUUUGCAAUUUCCCCUCCUUAUUGCUCUCAUUUCUUCAACAUAUGGGGAUGGCAUUUUUAAAAAGAAGAGUAACCUCUUGUUUUAGUGACGAAUUUUGUUAUUGUUUUUAUUUUUUAUGUUUAUAGUACUUUAAAAACACGAAGGUCCUUAGAAUUUCAACAUUUGGUUGUGUGUUCUUUGUUGAAAGACUAUAACAGAUACAAUUUUUAUUUACUAUUUUCAAUGUUUGAGGAUGGGGAUAUGCCAAAAGGACGAAAUGCAUUUAUAGACUAUACACAUGUAAGUAUGUUACUGAUAAUGGUGAUUUCUAUGACUUGUGAUUCUAUUGUUUGA